AUGAAUUCCUUAUAUUUAAUUUAGCAUAAUAAAGAACGAACAAAAAGAGUCAGACAUAAUAUUAAUGCUUCUUUGAUAAUGAACAUUAAAAGCAAAUAGUGAUUUAUUUAGUUGUAUAGAAUACGAUGUGAAAAUAAAGGAAAAUAGCCUUAAUAUUAGUNAAAAAGUGCAUUUGUGUUAAGUGUUCUAGAGAUCUUGAAGAAGUUGCAUCUCAACCUCGUCAACCCAAAUAAUAAGAAGCUUAAAAUGGUGGAAAAACAUAACCAUCUUAAUAAAAAAUAUAAGUGCGUGAGACUCAAGGAUAAAAAUAACUGGAUGAUACUUAUAUCCCUUAUGAGAGAAAAUAUGACAGUGUUCUUAAUGAUUCAUAUUUAACUAACCCUUAGAAUGAAUAAAUAUUGCAAGAAACCAGUUAGAAUAAUAAGCCACAAUUCGGGGGUAAUUCAUUUAAUGCCAAUUAAAAUUAAUAAUAACAAUAACCAAAUUAAAAAUCAAUUAAACCAUCAUUUAACAAUCCAUUAUAUGGGUCUGAUUCAAUGAAGGGAUCUUAAUAAUUAGAAUAUAACCAGCGACCAUCCAAGUAAGAUAAAGUAAAUUAGGAAAUAUAAGCUAAUAUAGAUGAUCUCAUCUUGAAUGAUAAGCCUGAUUAUGAACCAAAAUACGUCAGUAAACACAGCAGACAAUAUUAAACUUCUCAAUCUAGUCGGUUUAGCAAUCAUGGUCCUAAUCUCUAUAACAAUAGUUACCAUCCUUAGAACCCAUCUUUAUACUCACAAGUACCAGCCACAUAAUAUAACCCCUCUUCAUAAUAUAUACCAACCAUCCCUUUUCAACCCUAGAGUUAAUCGUAAAUUGCAAAGCCAAUUUAAAAUGAUGGGGUUUAAUAGUAACCUGUGCAAGUACAGGAGUACGAUUACAACAACUCUAAUAAUAACCAAUCCUAUUAUGCUCCUCAGAUUUCAAGUGAUCCCAAAAAGAAAUAUGAUUUUAGUUAAUGGGAUAAAUACAAUGAUAAUAGUGAUCCAUUUCCAGUCUAAUCAUAUGUAUCUCCCUCGAAUGAAUACCUUAAUCCUUAUUUAUCAUCAGCUCCAUACAAAAAUAAUAUUGGGAGUUUAGAAGAUUAUAACUAUUUGUAUGAUAACACAGGUGAUUAUAAACCUGGAGAGUUCCGACCCUCCACUUACAAUUUCACUCCAUAUGAUUUCAAAUAAAGUGAUCAAUAAUACUAGCCUAGAGUUGAAAGUACUACAAAAUCAAAUGGGUAAUAGUAUUCUAAUAAUAAAUAGAGCACCUUAGCUGUAUCAAUAAAGACCUGGACAGCAAGCCUGUGAGAUCUUUUGA